AUGGCCAAUGAGAAGUCGAAGAAAACAGAAACCAGGUCGCCAUUGCUGGACUUUCAGCUAGACUUGCGGGAGGUAAGGCACAUGGCGCCACACGUGUUGGCAUCUGCCGUUGCAAGCGCAGGCGCAGGCCGCCACACGUCCCCGGCCCUGUGGCGGGCGUACGCUGAGCGGGCCUCCGAAGUUCGGAGGCACUUGACAGUCCGCGAUCUCAGGCGGCUUUUCCAGGGACAUGCUGCCGCUGGCAAGAAGGACAUCUCCCUUUUUCGUGAUCUUCUGAAAGAUGCAUCGUGGAAAGGAGAUCCACAAGUUUCAGUGAAAGACCUAUGCUACGUUGCGGUUGCGCUGGCCAAGCUUAGGUGCAGUGAUGACAUCUUUGAGACUCUGACGGCUCACUUUGCUGAGAACAGCAUGGAGGACCUGGAGAGUGUCGACAUCGGCAGCUUGGCGAACGCUUUCUCCCGAGUCGCCCUCACGCACAAAGUCUGCUGGGCGAGAAUUUCGGAGCGCCUUCGGGCCGAUGCCUCCACUGCACUGCUUCCACCUGAAGCUGCAACCAUGGCGCUGAACGCCUUUGCUGUCAUCAAGCACUGUGAUUCCGAGCUCUUCACGACCGUGGUGCAGAGCUCCAUCAGGCCCUGCGUCGCCGACUACACGAUGACACAGGCAGCCUUGCUUCUGGAUGCAGUUGCUCGGUGCAGCGCGGUGACCCAAGACUUGGCCCCGGAGCUCUUUCGCAGCUUCAUGCGGCUCUGGCUGUCGCAGGGGCACCUCGAGGAGCUGGCACGUCCGGAGGAUCUGGCUCACUUGGCAAGUUCCGCUGUGAAGCUUGGCAUUGUGCAGGAGGAGGAGCUGAAUCUGGCGUUGGCUUCUGCUGGCCUCCAACACCUAGGCCAGUUCUCUUCUUCGCAGCUGGCGCUGUUUUGUAGCAGCCUGGCUCGGCUGCCUUCAUCCGGCCGGGCUGCCUUCUUGGGCGUGGCUGCAAUGCAGGUUCAGCCCAUGAUGCGAUUCAGCUCCUUCGUGGACCUGGGCCUUCUUUCACAAGCCUUCCUGUCGUGCGGCAUCAAGCUCACGCGAGAGGCGUCGAGCCUGUACCUGCACAGGGUUGCCGUGGUUGCCAAGGAGGAGCUCGCCAACUUUGCGCAGCCAGGCUCCCCAGACCUGGCCAACAGUCUGGCAGCUUCACUGGAGCGGGUGGCUGAAGGUUCCCUCCAGAUAUUGAUUGGUGUGGAGGGGGACCUAUUGCUUGCUGCCAUUCGGCCGUUGACCUUGGAGCUCUGCGAUCGGAAAGCUGUGCGUCCGCGAACCGCUGCCGCAGUUCUGGGCCUGCAUGCGCAUUUCAGUAUCCGGGAUGAGGAGCUUUUCCAGGCCCUGCAAAAAGCGCAAGAAGCACAUCCUGACUUUGGAGCCACGCUUGCUGGAAGGUUCUUAAGACCUUUGGGUGCACUUGGGUAUCCAUCUGAGCCCUUCCUGCGCAGCAUCGACAAAAGUUUGGGAUCUCCAAGCGGAACUUGGCAACGGUCGUUGCCAGCGCUGGCAGCAGACCUGUUUGCAGCAGCUUUGGUAGACUUCUCUUUUCUGUCAGAAGGGUCCGUCACGAACCUGUGUAGGGCAGCCAAGACGCAGUGCCAGAACCACUUGCCGGCGGACGUGGCCCUUCGGAUGAAGUGCGCUGGCGAGAUUGCCGCCGCGAGCCAUGCCUGGCUCAAGCAGGUCGCGGGCCACGAGGAAGCCUGCUGGCUGGCAGACUGGGCGGAGGAGGCCUUCUCCGCUGGCGGUCCGCAGCACGAUCUCGCGCCGCCUCCGAGUUCGGCCUUGCUGCGCUCGGUCUUCGCGACGCUGCACAGGGUGCAGGAGCCUGGUGACGAGAUCCUGGUUUCUUGGCCUGUGCAUGGCUUUCGUGCAGACCUCGUGCUCCGCAGGCCUGGCAGCAACCUCUUGGCAAUCGAAGUCUGCAGCAAGGAAUGCUUCUAUGCAAGGAGCCAGCAGCUGCUCGCUCGCUGUGUCAUGAAGCAUCGGCUACUCACGGAAGCUUUCGGUGGCCCACCGGUGCAGGUGAACUCAUGGGAAUGGCCGUCGCAGCCAGAGGACCAAGAGCAGUUUCUCAGUUACUCAGCGAGAGUAGCGAUGGGAGCAAAGAACUCCUGGAUGCGGAUUAGCGAGAGCGAUUCUGAGUUGGAUGAGGAGGCCAGUCUCGUCAGCCUCAGUCGAGGUUCUGCGGACUCGCAGCGAUGGCUGGACUUGAUGUCGACAGGCAAGGAGGGUGAGGAACUCAGGGAAGACUCUCGGGCGUUGGUGGACAGAUACGAUCUACGAUGUUUGGCAGCGCUGACCUACGAAAGAUUGAUGGUUCUGUUGGAUUGCAAGGCAACGCAGCAGCAACAGCAGCGCAUGCUUCGGACUGGUAGCAGCCAUCAGAGGCUCGAUGCCCAGAUCUCCAUGCUGCAACUUCAGACCCAACAGAAGCAGGCGAAAAAGGAACUGGAGGAGUCUGACUUCCUGGUCCUUGUACCUGAAGAUGAGUCCGAGAGGGGGUUGAAACAUCAGCUGGACAACAUCAGCCGCUGGGAAGCCGCCUUCUUCGACUGGGUGCGUGAGCUGAAUGCCCUUAGCCCGAAGAUGUUUGUUGAGAAUCUGACACUUCUGCGCAUCGAAUACGGCCAAGAGAACCUGAACCGCUUCCUACAAAGUCUGAGUCUGGAGCUGACCUGGCCCAGAGUAGAAGCCCGAAUCAAAAGAAUGAGCGGCGUGGCGUCAACUGAGCUGAGCCCAUGGGAAGUCUUCAAACCGCAGGAGCGCAAUUUCUGUGUUGUAGGUUGUGAGGACUUGACGGGACGCACUGCGAAGUCCAAGUUGAAAUCCUUUGUUGCCAGUGUCAGCAAAGAGAAGUUCGAGCGGCAAGGUGCAUCGGCAUGGGAGGCGUGGCAUGUGAUCAAGCAGUUUGGCAGCAAGAUGCUGAGUGGCGAGCACGCCUUGAUAUUCGAGGCUACCUACAGUAUCACUCCGGCGGUGCAACUGUUUGAGUUAUCAAGCUGGGAUCUCACCAUGGCUCUGAAGGCACUUGUAGAUGCGGGGCAGGUUAGCCAGUGCUUCAAUACCGUCCUGGGCAAGGCGAUCCUCAAAGAAUCGCUGCGCAGAACCUUCAUGCUGCGAGCAUGGUAUGCCUGCCUCGACCUACUGUUGGUGAUUCUGCUGACACACCUGGGGAGCGCUGCGCAGAGGCAGCAGACGCCCGACAGAACCGUCAUCUGGGCUUUUGGCAUGCUCAGCUCAUGGAUCUUCAUGUCGUGUCUCUGCAAGAUUUUUGUGGGGCUCUACUUCUUCGUGGAUUGCGCAUCCUUUUUCACGAGCUUGCUAGCUGCUGUUGGGAGGCAUCUGACCCUGUGGAACUUUUUGAUCACUGCAUCAGAGCUGUACUCGGCCACGGUUGGUCUGCAAUUCCUUAGCUGCAUCAAGGAUCCGAAGCUAACGGGCUUCAAUUAUUUCGAAACUCAUCCUGUCAUGAUCUCGGUCCUCGUCUUGAUACGAUGGGCAUUGCUGUCCAUUGAUUUCUUUCAGAUCGAGGAGAUAGGGCGCCGCGUCGUUCCCAUUGUUCAUGCUGUCAGCCGGCCAGCUUCUGUCUAUUUCCUUUUCUUCUUGGCGCUUAUGCUGGCAGGGUCUUUUCAGGCAUACAGCGUCUUUCCCAUAGAGGAGAACGUUGGCGGUGCCAACACGGUGCUCAACACGUUCCUCAAGAUCUUUCGCCUUGAAGUGCUAGGUGAUUUUGAUCUGGAUGAGCUUGAGGGCAUCAAUGACAAGAUAACUGGCGUCACGAAGAACGGGAUCAUCGAGGGAGACGUAGACUCGGACCCAUCUGACUGGAGCGAUAAGUAUCACAGAGGCGUCAGAUUCGAGUUCAUGGCCUUAAGCCUCGGCGUCACAGUUGUGGUGAUGAACGUGUACAUCGGUUUGCUGGGAUCUCUCUAUGACAAAGCCGCACAGAGAAAGAACCAGCUCUAUGCUCACUAUCUGGCCAGCCGCUGUUACCCACAUAUGUGCGAGAGGCAGCUGCAAAGCCGUUGCUUCGGCUGCUGUGCCCGCGGCACGGGCAAGAACCAUGGCCAUGGCAACAGGUUGUACUGGCUGGCCUACGAGAAGGAUAGGCUGCUGGAUGGUAGCGACGACUGA